AUUGUGGGUGUGUCAUGUAAAAGAAAAGAUGCAUUGCUUCAAACACAUCAUCAAAAAAUUGUUGAAAGAUUAGAGACUGGUGAGAUUUUUUCAGGAAAAGGAAAGCAUCAAGAGACAAAUCUUGCAAAAGCAGGAGAUACUCGUUGGGGUUCACAUUUUACAACUUUGAUUCGUCUCCUGACAAUGUGGGAAUCAGUUUUGGAGGUGUUACAAAAUGUGUGUCAAGAUGGAUCAAUUGCAGAUCAAAAAGGUUUGGCAUCAAGUUUGAUUAGUAAAAUGGAGAGCUUUGAGUUUGUCUUUGUCUUGCAUUUGAUGAUGAAAGUGUUGGGGAUCACAAAUGAAUUAUCAAAUGCUUUACAACAGAAAGAUCAAAAUAUUGUCAAUGCAAUGGCAUUAAUUGAUACUGUAAAAGAUCGUAUUCAAGAUUUAAGGGAUAACAGAUGGGAUGAGUUAUUAGAAGAGGUUCGAAGUUUUUGUGAUAGAAUGUAUAUUCCAGUGCCUAACAUGGAAGAUAAAAUACCAGUUCGGGGUCGUUCUAGGCGUGAAGAGCAGUGGAUUACUUAUUAUCAUCAUUAUCAUGCAGAGAUUUUUAUUGCAGUUAUUGAUUUAAUUGCCAUUGAGAUGAAUAAUCGGUUCACAGAGACAACUACAGAGUUACUAACUUGCAUAUCAUGUCUUGAUCCAAGAAACUCAUUUUCCAGAUUCCAUCAUGCCAAGCUACUUCGUCUUGCAGAAAUUUAUUAUGAUGAUUUUUCUAUACAAGAUCUUCAAGUUCUAAAAGAGCAACUUCACACAUACAUUCAUGAUGUUAGAAGAUGUUCUGAUUUUGUUGAAUGUGAUGAUCUUGCAAGUCUUGCUGUGAAACUAGUUGAAAGUAGAAAGCAUUUGGUAUUUCUGUUGGUUUAUCGCCUUAUUGAAUUGGCUUUGAUCUUACCGGUAGCAACAACAUCAGUUGAAAGAUCCUUCUCGGCCAUGAAUAUCAUCAAAACCGAUUUGCGUAAUAAGAUAGGAGAUGAAUGGUUGAAUGAUAUGAUGAUAUGUUAUAUCGAACGCCAAGUGUUUGAAACAAUUGAUGAUGAAGCUAUUUUGGUUCGAUUUCAGAAUAUGCAAAACCGAAGGAUUCAACUCCCACUUCAUUAG